CCUUGCUUUUGUUAAUUGACUCUUUGCCAAGCAUCGUAUUCUGUGCUCUGUGGUGUUGCUGUUUACCAUUUUUGGGUUUGGUUCAUGUUUGGUUAUGAUUUUAUCGUUUAUAAAUUUGUAAAAAUAUUGUUUUAUUUUAUUUCCACUCACAAAUAUUUUUUAUUGGGAAAUGGGAUGCCUUACUCCCUUCAUAACUUCAGCUUUAGUUUUACUUUUUGUACAGUUCACUCUGGCCAUUAAGUGUUGGGAGUGCAGAUCGGACGCAGACUCAAAAUGUGCUGACCCUUUCGAUAAUACAACUUUCGCCAUUACAGAUUGUUCUCAGGCGAAACCAAUAAAUUAUAUUUUCGAUGAGACUGACUUUAAAACUCAGAGGUCAACAAUGUGUCGUAAGAUUCGUCAAAAAGUAAAUGGAGUAUGGAAGUACUUUAGGGGCUGUGCGUUUCUUGGUGAAAUAGGGAUUAAGGGUGACGAGAGGUUCUGCCUUAUGAGAACUGGAACAUACAAUAUUUUUAUGGAAUAUUGCACAUGCAAUAGUAAAGAUGGGUGCAACACUUCCUCACAUGUUGAUGUAUCUUUAUUGCUAAUUUCGUCUUCAAUUCUGUGGGUAUUCUUUUUAUUCAGCAUCUUAAGAUAAUAUUUGUGAUAUAUACGUCAACUAUAAACAGAAAAAGAGUUUUUAAUUAUAGAGUACAAAAUUCUCAUUAUAUGUAGAAUAUUGUUAUGUUGUAUUAACUUUAAUUGACUGAAUGUUUUAUAUUGAUGCUUAUAUUGCUUGAAAAGUCCGUCCAUUUUUAUAAUUUUUUUUU